AAAGUAGAACAUCGUUCUUUUACUUUUUAAGCUUUGGUUUGAAAGACCAGCAUGUUUUGGAAAUUUGAUCUUCACUCAUCAUCCCACAUAGACACACUUCUAGAGAGAGAAGAUGUAACAUUAAAGGAAUUAAUGGAUGAGGAAGAUGUUUCACAAGAAUGUAAAGCUCAGAAUCGCAAACUUAUUGAGUUUCUGUUAAAAGCAGAAUGUCUUGAAGAUUUAGUCUCAUUCAUUAUAGAAGAACCACCUCAAGAUAUGGAUGAAAAAAUCAGAUACAAGUACCCAAAUAUAGCUUGUGAAUUGCUCACUUCCAACAUCUCUCAGAUGAACAAUAGAUUGGGAGAAGAUGAAUCUUUGCUAACUAAACUGUAUAGCUUCCUCCUGAAUGAUUCCCCUUUGAACCCAUUACUCACCAGUUUCUUCAGCAAGGUGCUAAGUAUUCUCAUUAGCCGAAAACCAGAACAGAUUGUGGAUUUCUUAAAGAAGAAGCAUGAUUUUGUAGACCUUAUCAUAAAACACAUAGGAACUUCUGCUAUCAUGGAUUUAUUGCUCAGGCUCUGUAUUGAACCUCCACAGCCCAGGCAAGAUGUGUUGAAUUGGCUGAACGAGGAGAAGAUUAUCCAGAGGCUCGUGGGAAUAGUUCAUCCAUCUCAAGAAGAAGACCGGCAUUCUAACGCCUCGCAGUCCCUCUGCGAAAUUAUCCGCCUCAGCAGAGACCAGAUGUUACAAGUCCAGAACAGUCCAGAACCAGACCUGCUCGCCACUCUAGAAAAGCAAGAGAUUAUCGAACAGCUUCUAUCAAAUAUUUUUCACAAGGAGAAAAAUGAAUCAGCGAUCGUCAGUGCAAUCCAGAUACUGCUGACUUUGCUGGAGACCAGACGGCCCACAUUUGAAGGCCACAUAGAAAUCUGCCCACCAGGAAUGAGUCACUCAGCAUACUCAGUCAACAAAAGUGUUUUAGAAGCCAUAAGAGGAAGACUCUCCGCCUUCCAUGAACUCCUGCUCGAGCCACCCAAGAAAAGUGUUAUGAAGACCGCAUGGGGUGUAUUGGACUCUCCCAUCAGGAACACUUGAUUGAAUGUCAUCCGGCUGAUCUCGAGCCUCCUAUACACCAACACAAACAGUGUCAACAUGGACCUCAUGGAACUUAACAGCAUUGGCGUGAUACUGGAUAUGUUCUUCACAUAUACAUGGAAUAACUUCUUACAUACUCAAGUAGAAAUCUGUAUUGCCUUGAUUCUUGCAAGUCCUUUGGAAAGCCCAGAAAACAGCACUGUUACUGAUCAGGAUUCCACUGGUGACAAUCUUCUACUGAGACACCUGUUUCUUAAGUGCCAAUUAGUGGAACGAAUACUUGAAGCCUGGGAAAUGAAUGAGAAAAAACAGGCCGAAGGAGGAAGACGCCAUGGUUACAUGGGCCACUUAACGAGGAUCGCGAACUGUGUCGUGCACAGCAUGGACAAGGGGCCAAACAGUACGCUUGUGCAGCAGCUGAUUAAAGAGCUUCCAGACGAUGUCAGAGAACGGUGGGAGACCUUCUGUACCAGCUCAUUAGGGGACACGAACAAACGGAACACAGUAGACCUGGUUACAACCUGCCAUAUUUAUUCAUCCAGUGAUGAUGAAAUUGACUUUAAAGAAACGGGUUUCUCGCAGGACUCUUCUUUACAGCAAAUGCAACAAAUGACAUCCAAUUUUAUUGACCAGUUUGGCUUCAAUGAUGAGAAGUUUGCAGAUCAAGAUGAUAUUGGCAAUGUUUCUUUUGAUCAGGUGUCAGACAUCAACUUCACCCUCAAUAAAAAUGAAAGUGGAAAUAUUGCCUUGUUUGAAGCAUGCUGUAAAGAAAGGAUACACCAGUUUGAUGAUGGUGGUUCUGAUGAGGAAGAUAUCUGGGAAGAGAAGCACAUUGCCUUCACUCUGGAAUCCCAGCGAUGAUCGAGUUCAGGGAACACAGACAGUGAAGAAAGUACAGACUCUGAGGAAGAAGACGGAGCAAAACACCAUUUAUUUGACUCCAGCAAUGCCAACCCAGAGGACAAGAUGGAAGUGGAUCUGAACGAACCACCUAACUGGUCAGCCAACUUUGAUGUACCCAUGGAGACGGCACAUGGUGCCAGCCUUGAUUCAGUGGGGUCUGAUGUUUGGAACACAGAUGAACCGAUGCCAGCUAAAGAGACUGGGUGGGCUUCAUUCUCUGAGUUUACAUCCCCAUUGAGUACAAAGGAUUCUUUAAGGAGUAAUUCUCCAGUGGAAAUGGAAACCAAUACUGAACCGGUGGACCCGUUAACUACCAGUGCUGUUUCACUGACGGCACCACCAGAGGGCCCAGGUAGUGUUGCUAUGGAAGGCACUUCUGAUGGAGAAGAUGAUAUAGAAAAUACCGACAAGGUAACUGAGACAGUGAUGAACGGCAGCAUGAAGGAGACGCUCAGCCUUACGGUAGAUGCUAAAACUGAAACUGCCGUCUUCAAAAGUGAAGAAGGAAAAUUGUCUACCUCUCAAGAUGCUUCUUGUAAAUAUGUGGUGGAGGAGAGGACAGAAGGUGCUUACACCAGUCCUGCUGCUUCCCAGCCGGUGGGCCUGAGCCCAGAGCAGAUGACUGAUCAGCUAAGCCUUUUAGGAGAAACCUCUGUUAAUGGCCCUGUAUGA